AUGGAGGUGGCCACGGACCAGCCUCGCUGGAUGGCCCACCACGCCGUGCUCAACGGACAGCACCCUGAGAGCCACCAUCCCGGACUGGCUCACAACUACAUGGAACCAGCGCAGCUCCUACCUCCAGACGAAGUCGACGUCUUCUUCAACCACCUGGACUCCCAGGGCAACCCCUACUAUGCCAAUUCCGCCCAUGCCAGGGCCAGGGUCUCCUACAGCCAGGCACACGCCCGCCUGACCGGGAGUCAAAUGUGCCGGCCUCAUCUUAUACACAGUCCCGGGAUCCCUUGGCUGGACAGCAGCAAGGCGGCACUGUCUGCCCAUCACCACAACCCCUGGACCGUCAACCCCUUCACCAAGACACCUCUGCAUCCUUCGGCGGCCGGGGCGCCGGGCGCCAUCUCCGUGUACCCUGGCAGCAGCACGUCCAGCACCGCCUCUGUGUCUUCGCUAACCCCCGCCUCGCAUUCCGGAUCCCACCUCUUCGGCUUCCCCCCGACCCCUCCCAAGGAAGUGUCUCCGGACCCCAACUCCACCAGCGCUGCCUCCCCUUCGUCCUCCACCGGGGCCCGGCAGGAGGACAAAGACAGCAUCAAGUACCAAGUGUCACUUUCGGAGGGGAUGAAGAUGGAGAGUGCCAGCCCACUCAGAAGCAGCCUCACCAGCAUGGGGGCUCAGCCUUCCACACACCACCCCAUCCCCACCUACCCUUCCUACGUUCCAGCCGCCCACGACUACAGCAGCAGCCUCUUUCACCCCGGCAGCUUCCUGGGGGGACCCGCGUCCAGCUUCACCCCCAAGCCACGGAGCAAGGCCAGGUCCUGUUCGGAAGGCAGAGAGUGUGUGAACUGUGGAGCAACUGCUACCCCUCUCUGGAGAAGAGACGGCACUGGGCAUUACCUGUGUAACGCCUGCGGGCUCUACCACAAAAUGAAUGGUCAAAACCGACCUCUCAUUAAACCCAAGCGAAGGCUGUCAGCGGCGAGGAGAGCAGGGACUUGUUGUGCCAACUGUCAGACAACCACCACGACCUUAUGGCGACGUAAUGCAAACGGGGACCCGGUUUGUAAUGCCUGCGGACUCUACUAUAAACUGCACAAUGUGAACAGGCCUCUGACCAUGAAAAAGGAAGGAAUUCAGACCAGGAAUAGGAAAAUGUCCAACAAAUCAAAGAAAAGCAAGAAAGGCUCUGAGUGUUUUGAGGAACUGUCCAAGUGCAUGCAGGAGAAAUCGUCUCCCUUCAGUGCUGCUGCCCUCGCUAGCCACAUGGCGCCCAUGGGGCAUUUGCCACCUUUCAGCCACUCUGGACACAUCCUACCAACACCUACCCCCAUCCACCCAUCUUCCAGCAUCUCAUUUGGACAUCCACAUCCAUCCAGCAUGGUUACAGCCAUGGGAUAAAACAUGAUGACCAAGAGGCCCACCCAGAGAUUGAGAGCAUGGGGUUUGCCUAAGGUGAUGCCAAGUAAAAUAUUCUGCCAAAAGGAGAAUGUAGGGAUCUUUGCUCCCAUGUGGUUUAACUCUUAAUGCUGGACUGCAACCUUGCAAAUGACGGGUCUUCUGCAGAAAUGUGUAGUGGUGCCUGUAAUGCACUUUGCCCCCUCAGGUAUAAGAAAAAUGAACUCACCUGUUUGAUACUUAAUGGUCCAGCAGGAAGCAAAAGGUGGCAGAAGCUGAAGGAAAAGGCUCGGAACUGGCUUUCCUUUCUCUCUUUGUUAUUACUGUGAAUAUUGUAAAGAGAUAUAAGCAGCCUCCCGGGAUGGAAUCGGCUCCCUUGAAGCCAGACAUGCUGGAUUUCUAUCAUGAACUUU